UUAAUAAUUUUUUUAUAUUGUUUGUGGACAGAGCUUGUAGUCAUAUAGACGGUUUGAUCAAAAUCAAAUGAUUCAAAUCUGCAACAAUGAAAAGAAAUAUAAAUAUAACAUCUAUUUAUAAAUCUUGUGACACAAUAAGGACAUUUCUAAAAUAGUAAAAAGAAACACCUAACGAAUCAUAUUGACCACCAAUAUAUUCGGUUUAGCGACUUUUCAUGAAACAAAAGAGAAAAACAGAACACAUACAAAACCAUUCAGAACUUCCAAAAGAUUAAAUCAAUUCGAUUCCAAACAAGUUUUGCAAUUGACUAGUCAUCAAUAGAUAAUAAUUUAAUUAACUUUUGAAAUAUAAGAUGGCUAGAACCAAUGUGGUGAAAUUCAAUUGGUUAGCAUUGAUGAUAUGCAUAGCAUUGGGUGCACCAAUUCUAUCAAUGGCUGCAUUGACAUGUUGUCAGGUGAAACCUACUUUGGAGGCAUGCAAAUGUUUUGCAAGAAAUGGUGGAGACAGUGUUCCACAGGAUUGUUGUUAUGAAGCUAUGAACCUUAAAAACAAUAUCAUCAGUAGUGGCAAGGAUACCAUUGCAGCUUGCCAUUGCAUUCAAGAAGCUGCUAGCAAAAUCCCUGAUAUCAAUGCUACUGCUUUUUCAAUCAUUCCCCAAUCUUGUGGAAUUCGCUUGCCCUUCAAUUUUAGACUUGGCAUGAAUUGUGACAGCUUGUAAAUGAGAGCAACUUGAUCGCUUCAAUGUAUGAUGCUCCGGUGCAUACAAACAAAUUUAUUAUUAUUAUUAUGAUUAUUAUUAUUAUUAUUGUUAUUAUUUUAUUAUUUAAAUAAAUUAAAAAGGGUAUGCUAUGCUUCAUGGUGAAGACUUUGGUUUUGAAUGUAUGUUGUACCCAUUAUUGUAUCAUGUGUUCAUCAAUGUAAUAGCUAAUUGGGUUUGGCCAGUUUCUUCCAAAAGGAUUUGUCAGAUCCUAAUUUUAUAAUUCCUAUACUGCGUUUGAAGUUCCAGAUGUUUAAUUAGCAAUUAUA